AUGAGUCUUCCGUCUCGCCUUCCCCCGCGGCUCUCGGCCGGUUGGGCGCGGUAUGGCGUCGUGAGUCGUCCGCUUCAGGGUGUCGUGAACAGGCGGGCUCAACUGGACGUAAGCUCCGCAGCUGAGGAUGGCGCGCCUCUCUUCUUCCCGUGCAUCUCGGUCUUCUCUCCCUUCUCCUCCACCGCGAACUCUUUCCGUGCUGCGAGAACUGAUCUCCAGCCUCCGUCGAAAGACCGGCAACGGCCUCCCGUCUCCGCGAAGCGACGCGCGCGUCCGCGAGUCGCCGACGCGGAAGACCUCUCGAGUGCCAGCUACGGCUACGUCGAGCGCUUCAAACGCGCCGAUUUCGACUCUGCAGCGUGGAGGGAAGAGUCCCGAAGGAAGGAGCAAAGCGACGGCUGGCACGUGGUCACGACGCGCAUUCUGACGCCGUCUGCGCUCGAGUUUGACCGGCAAGUCUUCCUUCCGGAGUUCUCUCGCCAGGCGACCUCGGAGCUCGCUGCCGCCCGCGACGAGGGGGGCGAGAGAGGGCUCGAAGACGGGACGGCUCGCUGCGGCGAGGCGGCGGCGCGCGGCGAGGCGAGCCCUAAGCAGCUUUCGCGGCAGGAGGGGAGGCUCGGCGCGGGAGGAGCGGCGCAUGUGCAGCCCGUUGGGCCUCCACGCCUCGGCAGAAAGAGAAGAGCGCAGGACGCAGUGUGUCGUGAAGGGAGAGAGGGGGCGGUCGCGCCUCCUGCAGGAAGCGCGGACGGGCAUAGAGGUGCGGGGAGUGCGGCCGCGAACCGAGACGACGCUGUUCGGGGGCUGCGCGCCGCCGAGGACCCGUCUGUGGACGCGCAGAUCGCUGCGUCCGCGUUGAAACUGAGAGAGAUACCUCCGCCGCCUGUCACCUACUUUGACCGCUUGACUGAGUUUUCCAGCGAGAGCGACCGAGCCGCGCGCGGCUCCUCUGUGGCGUUCCCGUAUCUUCCGGGCCCGCCCCCUCCCUCGCGGUUUUUCACCCACGGCAAGGAGGACUGGCGCUACCAGUGGCGCCGCGAAGACGACGAAGACGAGUGGAGGAAGCCGGAUCUAUCGCUCGGUCAAGCGGCGACAGGCAGGCUCGGCGGUGGACGGGGAGGCGCGCAGUCUGGAGGCGUGUUCGACGAGUGGGUCGGGGGGACGUCUGAGGUCCCCGUCGGGCUGGAGCGCAAGCAACUCUCUGUGUUCCUCCUGUCGCGUCGGCGCUGGAAGCCGGUCGCCAUACUGAACAGUCACGAACUGCUCUUUGCGCUGCAGCAUCCGGAGGCGGCGCUCCACCCCGGGGGGCAGGGGCACGAUUCACCACCCGACGGCGCCCCGGCGCAAGUGGCGCUUGCUCACCCCCGUCUGGGCGGCCAGGGCUAUCCUCUUAUGUACUGGCGACAGCUUCUGACGCGGCUUCAGCGAAUCGCCUUCUCCUUUGACGGGCCCUCUCUGCUCGCCGCCACCAGCGCCCUUGCAGCUCACCUCGCCGCUGUCCGCAGCGAACUCGACGCAGUUCAGGUGCUCCUGAGUCGCGAAGUCUUCUCCAGUGCUGAAAAGCACCUUCAAGCGAAGGCUCGCGAGCUGCAGAGUGCCAACGGGCCUCGCGCAUCUGAGGCUUCUUCUGGAUGCUAUUCCUCGCCGUCUUCCGUCCUGGGCGAUGUGGCGCCGGAGUGCUCGGGGACAACUUUGGCGCUCGCUGAGGAGGCAGCCACUGGUGAAAACGCCGGGUCGCGGCUAGCUCGUGUACGUCCCUUCGGCGACGGAAAAGGCGGGAGGGGUAACGGGGAUGAAGAUCACAGGAAGGCAGAGGCCCUGGAAAGACUAACAGAGCGCGCAGAAGAGCUAAACGGCAUCAUCCUGGCGCUGACUCAGCAGGCUCUCUGGAAACGUCUAAGCGGCGACCUACUUCCUCACUUGCCGUUUCUCCCGCUUUCUGAGCUGGCAAGCCUGGCGGAGGCCUUCGCGCUGUUAAGUCCCAAAUUGGCGAGCUCGCUGAACGUCGUCGUUAUGCAGGCCAUGGAGCAGCUUCACAGCCUCUCUCAGCCGCAUUUGCAUUCUGCAGCUACUGCGGACUUCCACUCCUCGGCUCGCGCGCUCUUCAGGCUCCUGGACGCAUGCGCCGAGGCCAUCCUUGUUUCGUGUUUCACUGCUGGCCUCUUGAAUUCACCCGCCUCGCGAAGCGUCGCAGACUUGUCCCCGGGAGGGGCUCGUCUUCCCUUCCUCUCCUCGCUCUUUAACCAGGAACGGUUCGACAGCCCGCGGAAAGAGAAUGGCCCGUUCGCGGCGGCGGGAGUCGUCGGCGCUCUCUCCAGUCAGCUGUUUGACACAGUCGCCGCACAGGGGCGCUUCGCCACUGAGCUGCUUCAGCUGCCCCCGGAGAGUCGCGCGCGCCUCGUAGUCCACGCUUCGUUGUAUUGGCAGGGCGUAGGCACGAAGCCCGCCACUCGUCAGCUCGUUCGGCGCAUGGUGUCUUCGCUCGUGCGAGACGCACGGAGCGGUCGUCUCGCGUCUUCUUCUCCUUCAAGCUCGUGGGGCGUCGAGUCGUCUCAGGCUGCAAUCGUUCGCCUAUUCGCGCUGCUCAGGGCUGCCCUCGUCCCUCGCCUGAGCGGGUUUUUUCCUCCGCUGGAAGGCCUGCACGGCCUCCCCCGGGCUGAGGCGAAAUUCCCGUACUCGGUUUCGUCUUGCCUCUCCUCGUCGCCCCUGCCUCUGGCUCCUUCUCCUUCCUGUAUGCCCCUUGUAGCUGCUGUCCGCGAGUGUGGACUCGAGAGCUGUGAUGCACAGCACGAGCCUGUCGUCGCAGACUCGCUUGCCGCUGCUCCCAGGUCUUCGCCGGUGCGUCUCUCGUUCUUCAAAAUGCUCUCAGAGGACAGACACGAGAAGGAGGGUGCGCGCGCGGCGGCUUCCCGCACUGAGGAGAGCUGCUUCUCGCCCAGCGAGUUUGCUUGCCUGGUGGACGCCCUUGGCGCGUCUCUCGUCCUCCGUCCUUCGGCAGCUCUGUUGUCUCUUCAGAACCUGGGGGCGGCGAUGCGGGGAGGCGGGCGAGGCGCCGCGGGAGGGUUGCCUGAGCCGCGCGCCGACGAUAGUGGUUUUCCGUCCGAGGCGUCUAAGGCCAGCUGGUCUUCUUCAACUUUUUCCACGGUACCCCAUGCGAGCUUAGCGAGCUGCCGGCUGUCUCUGCCUGCGCGAGAGUGUGGCCGUCAGGCUGCGUCGGCUGAAUUGUUCAAGCAAGACGAAGCGGAUGAGUACGCGUACCUCCAGGAUUUGUGUGUGGAUGCCUCGGCUUCUCCCUCUUCCCAAGCUUCUCCAGUCGAGGCGGAAGGCAUCUCCGUUCCCCUGACGACUGUUCUCUCGCUCCAGCGGGUCCUUGGCGAAGAGCUCGGGACGCUUUACCGGCUGAUGGAGGGCGUCACGUGCACAGACACCUCGCAGGCCGGAAGGCGCGCGAGUGGAGAGGAAGCCUUGGUCGCGUCCUCCAGUGCUGCAGCCACUGCAUCUGAAAGGGCGCCUGAGGAAAGCGCAGUUGGUGUUGAGGAUCCGCUGCUAGUCCUUCCGCGUCUGCUGUCGCUGUUCGCGUGCUCCACUCGCCAGCAAGUCGGGCCGCUCUCCUUCCAGUCCCUCGUGCAUGCGCUGCAUUCUCAGACCGCCGCGCUUCGGUUCGCGGCAGCCUUCCAGCUCUGUCCCCCCCGCGACGAGGUGGUCGGCGACGUUCGCGGCGCCGUUACAGCCCUGAAGGGUCGCCAGCCUCCCUGUUCGACGCCUCUUGCGUCGUUCGCCCCUCCAGAGACGUCUGCAGGCUCAGAGAGUCUGCCGGCUCGCGCGCGUUCUUCGUGCCUUUCUGCGCCGCGCGUUGUCGCGUGGAGCCGGGAAAUCGGAGCCUGCCUGACUGCCCAGCUAGCGGCGACGAGUGCUUUGCUGCGGCGUCUCACUGCGCGGCUGUCUCUCGCGCUGGCUCCCAUUGACUCGCUGGACUCCGACGGUCAGGGCGGAGCCCCCGCGUAUGCGCGAAGCUCAUUUUCGCCUUCUCCUGAGAACGUCUUCGCCGAAGAAGCCUUGGAAGCUCUGCUGCAAAACAGUCUAGGCUGCAUUCUCUACUCGGUCAACACCGCCGCCGCGGCCGUGCGGGAGUGCACUCCCCCAGAGCAGAAAACACCCAACGUCCUAGAUUCCGAAGGCCAGUACAGAGCCGACGUCGAGCUCGAAUUCGAAACGGAAGCUUUCCAAUGCAUGAGCCGCAUGGGUCAGGUGCUCGCGGGCAAGUCGGCGGCUGACGCUUCGCAUACUGGCUCUGCGGAGCUGAGCGAUGCCUUGCGGCGACUGAGCCUCGCCACCCAGGCCUCGUGGCUUCGCACCCUGCUGACCCUGUUAGAGCUCAGGGCACACAGGCAAGGCCAGGGCAUGCACUAUGGACAGCAGCAAGACCAAAAAACCGGAGAGGAUGAAAGUUCUCGGGUCGCAGAGCUCCUUGACGAAAGCGCUCGCGUCCUUCUCUUCAUAGGGCAAAGUGUUCAGCACCGUGCUCGUCUCUUUGGGGCGCCUGAAGUGUUUCUUGAGGAGGAGAGUGACACCUCUCUGGCUAUCCUCGAAGCGGUCUCGGUGUUUUCCCACUUCGCCACGCUUCGUAGCUGUGUGCACGCCGGACAGGCGCGGUCUCCACUCCCCACCCCUGUCGCAGAAGGCCGCGACUACACAGCGCCACACGCGGGCAGCGGGGGUCACGAGGGGGACUGGCUAGCUGAGUCUCUGCAGCUCGUCCUAGACGACGUGCGAGAAGGGCUUGUGCACGCGUCGCCUGCUCAGCUUCGGCGCGCAGCCGCGGCUGUCGCGGUUCUCGUCAGGAGCCAGGCGCGCCUGCGGGGUGCGGAACCUCCUCUUCGCAAGGAGCCGUCUGCAGCGAACGCAGAGUCGAGAGACACCGAGAAAGCCGACGAGCUUGACGGCGGAUGGUGCCAACGCGGGUGCCGCGGAGAGCGCUGCUCGCUUCCUUGGGAGGAGGUCUUGACGGGGCUGCGGAAGGUGCCGAUUCAGCGCUUAGUCGACGAGCUGGCAGCAUCCGGCGUUGCUCGGGAUCUCCUUCCGGCGCUUGGUGCUGGACCCACGGGUAACGCAUGA